AUCCAAUCCAAAAGAUGGCGCACAUGCGCGUGGUGCACCGGGACGAGGAGGGCCACAUGGUGAAGGAGAAGGUGCCGAUCCCGGAGACGCGGCACCCGGACACGGCGAGGCACUUCGAGCGCAAGUUCGAGGAGAAGGGCCUGCACCGCUUCGAGCGCCACCCGGCCAACGGGCCCCGCGGCAUCGGCGCGCCGCCGCCCAAGUCGGGCCGCGGCGGGAAGUUCACCUGGGAGGGCCCCGACGGGAUCGUCGACAGCGAGCUCGACCCUCUGCCGGCGGCCAUCGACCGCAACGACCCCAACUACGAGGAGGAGGGGGAGGGGGAGAUGGAGGAUGUGGCCAAGGAGGCGCUGGUCGGGGAGGUGGAGGUGGCCAAGGUGGCCGAGGCCAGGGAUGGUGUCGCCAGGGUCGACGUCGCGCCGCCGCUCCUGCAGGACCUGCAGUAG